UGGGCGCUUUGCCCUUUCCUGGCUACAACCUAAGGUAUGUUACAGACGAAACUACCUCAAGCUACGUAAGUGAGCUGCAAACGGAGCAGCCCCUCCCCACUAAAUACUCAUUCUUCGAUUCUCUAAAACCCCCCAAGAGCGCUAAGCUCAACAAUGUCAUCUCCCAAAGACCUGUGGUGGGCCGCCCGCAACCCACCCGCCGACCCCCGCCAUCUCGACUUCAAGAACAAAGCCGUCCUCGUUACGGGCGCCAACUCUGGCCUAGGCCAUGCCGCCGCCAUCAAGUACGCCGCACUCGGUGCCGACCCGCUCAUCCUGGCCGUGCGGUCGCAGCAGAAUGGCGACGAGGCCAAGGCCGACAUCAUCCGCGCGACCAAGUGCUCGCCCGACAUCUUCGUCGUCGAGGUCCUCGAGCUGACGACCUUCGCGUCGGUCCGGGAAUUCGUUAACCGCCUUAAUGCCAACCCCCGCGUCCAACGCCUGCAUGUCGUGCAGCUCGCCGCCGGCGUGUCCAUGCCGAGCUUUACCAAGAGCCCCGACGGCUACGAAAUGGCGCUGCAGGUGAAUGUCCUGUCGACGGCGCUGCUGGCACUGCUGCUGCUGCCCAAGUUGCGCGAGACGGCAGCGGCCGAGGGACCGGACGGGUUUGCCCCGCACAUGUCCUUCGUCAACAGCAUUGCUCACCUCGAGGUCAAGCCUGAAUGGAUUGCCGAUGGAGAGUCGCUGAUCCAGAGACUGCAGAACGAGGCCAAGUUUGACAAGGUCACCCAGUACUACCUGCUCAAGCUCGCGUUGAUCUUUGUCGUGCGAGGACUGGUCCAGCGGGUGGGCGCAGCAGAGGGAAUGGUCAUCAACGCGACGUGUCCCGGCAUGUGCAAGACCAAUUUGGGACGCAACCAUGGACUGAUCGAGCGCAUGUUCAUGGCCGUGUUUUAUGUCUUCUUUGGCCGCUCGGCUGAGGUAGGCGCCCGCGUAAUGGUCGGUGCCACGGGGCUGGGUCCUGAGAGCCACGGCAAGUUUUGGACAAAUGACAAGUACCUACCCCCCAGUGAGUUUAUGGAAAGCGAGCGAGGGAACGAGCUGUACCGGGAGACAUGGAACGAAAUAUUGGAUAUUCUCCGCAGACAGGCUGGCUAUUCCUAUGUUUAGGGAAGCAGACAGGUGACUGUUAUAAGCGGCACCCGGGCUAACAUCACGAGCACUUUCCAGUUUCCACUUCUCAACUUCGAUGUUUGUAUAAUUUCCUGGUGUAAUCCAACGAGGCUUUGCUGAACCGCCCUGUUUCCCACCUCCCCACCGCUUCUCCUUCAAUAACAGCGACAUGCCAAUAUUGGGCAUAAUGCUAUGGUGUCGCAUGAUAUCAGCCGGGCGACUGUGUACCCCCUCGGGAUACGUGAUGUCGUACCUGGUUAGAGCUGGAUGAACAUCAGGUUCAUGUCCUCCUGCGCGAAAAACCCGCCCGGGCAGGCGCGCAGCCCGCUUCCGAAAGGAUUUGGCCUCGAAUUCAGGAAGAUAUAGCUGUGU